AGACUACUGCUACUUACAGCUCCGUAUAGCAGCCCUGCUCCUACAUUUUGCUGCCUUACUCUGCCCCGAAUGCACUGGAGUGGGGAUGGUCCAUCGGCAACUAUAAACUGAUUCUCCUCAGGAAACUGCACAUUAUCUCCCCAUCACUUCAAAGGUCUCGUCAGGGAGAGGUGACGCCAGGAAAUGAUUUAAAGGUGAAAAUGACAAGGUUUCCACCCCUCAAACCUUGGCUCCUUUUCUGACAAUACAGUCUGAAUGAACCCGACGUCUUUUUUUUACUGUGGAAAUAGGAUCGGAAGAGAGUAACAUUUUUUUUUUUUUUAAUCCUGAUAAAGAAGAUUGUUGGGAAGCUCUUUGAAAAAAAAUUUUAAAUUGUGGCACAGAUGGAUUUUAAAAAGUGUUAGAUCUUUCCAAUGAACACUAAUAGAGUACUCUGCUCUUGGCUGGAUUUUUCAGAGAAUGGCAAUGGUCUCUGCGAUGUCCUGGGUCCUGUAUUUGUGGAUAAGUGCUUGUGCAAUGCUACUCUGCCAUGGAUCCCUUCAGCACACUUUCCAGCAGCAUCACCUGCACAGACCAGAAGGAGGGACGUGUGAAGUGAUAGCAGCACACCGAUGUUGUAACAAGAAUCGCAUUGAGGAGCGAUCACAAACAGUAAAGUGUUCGUGUCUACCUGGAAAAGUGGCUGGAACAACAAGAAACCGGCCUUCCUGCGUCGAUGCCUCCAUAGUGAUUGGGAAAUGGUGGUGUGAGAUGGAGCCUUGCCUAGAAGGAGAAGAAUGUAAGACACUCCCUGACAAUUCUGGAUGGAUGUGCGCAACAGGCAACAAAAUUAAGACCACGAGAAUUCACCCAAGAACCUAACAGAAGCAUUUGUGGUAGCAAAGGAAAACCAACCCUCUGGAAAAUACAUUUUGAGAAUCUCAAACAUCUCACAUAUAUACAAGCCAAGUGGAUUUCUUACUUGCACUUUGACUGGCUACCAGAUAAUCACAGUGCAUUUACUGUGUGUAACGAAAUAUCCUACAGUGAGAAGACGCAGCGUUUUGGCAACACCAUGGAAAGUGGGCUUAAAAAAGGGUUUUCUCAGUGAAGUUUUUGGGCAUCGUGAAGAACGAUCAACUAUCUUCUAAUUUGAAUCUAUAGUUACUUUGUACCAUUUGAAAUAUAUGUAUAUAUAUAUAUAUAAUAUUUUGAAAUAUUAUCUAUUCUCUUCAAGAAAUGAACAGUACCACAGUUUGAGACGGCUGGUGUACCCCUUUGAGUUUUGGAUGUUUUGUCUGUUUUGCUUUGUUUUCUUAGUCAUUUCUUUUCCUAACGGCAAGGAAGACAUGUGCCCUUUUGAGAAUUCAAGAUGGCACUGACACAGGAAGGCCAGCUACAGGUGGACUCCUGGAAUUUGAGGCAUCAUAAUGAUACUGAAUCAAGAACUUCCUUCUGCUUCUACCAGAUGGCCCAAGGAAGCACAUCGUCCUGUUUUAUUGCUUUCUACCGUGUGCAAUAUUAGCAUGCAAGCUUGGCUUACAUAAUCAUACUUUAUAUUCAAUUGAUAUAUAAUAACCGUUCUAACCUCUUCCAGGAAAAUAUUUUUAGAACUACUAGCUUUUCCACAUAUAAGAAAAUGAGGAUUCUUAAGGGAGCCAUUCCACCAUGCUAUAAAGACUCUGGCAGAGUUAUGGGUAGGAUAUGGAUCCCUACAUGAAUAAGUCCUGUAAAUACAAUGUCUUAGGGCUUUGUAUAGCUGUCCUAGACUGCAGAAAUGUCCUCUGAUUAAAUCCAAAGUCUGGCAUCGUUAACUACAUAGUGCUGUAGCAACAAGUCUUAUCAUGGCAUCUCUUUCUAUGUUUGGUUUGCUUUUUCCAAGAGUAUUCAGAUCUCCUCUUGUGAGAUAGGAAGGCUAUGAAAACAAUUAGAUUUCAGGAUGAUCUAUGUGACCAAAUGUUGGACAGCCCUAUUAAAGUGGUAAACAAUUUCUUUCUAAA